GUAGCCAUGUACCUAGAGGUACCUACAUAUAAAGGCUGACAUCUAACUCUAGGACGGAGUACACAUUUGGUGGUAUCACAGUAUUGGAAUUUAUAAAGUUGAAGUGUUUUAAAAAUUUAUUUCAUAAUGUCAGUGUGUCGAAUGUCAAUGUUAUGCGAUUCAAUAAUUCCAAUUCUUCAAGUUUUCCUGUUAGCGUAUCUUUGUAACGGCCAAGCAAAAGAGUUUGAUUUUAAAGACAACUGCAGCAAAUACGGACAGAUUUGCGUAAAUAACAUCAACUGUUCAUACACAAAACAGCUUAUUGAUAGUAAGCAAGCUAUACCAUGUGGUUUUCGGGGUAAAAUGUCCAAAAAAGAUAUAAAAAUAUGCUGCGAUCCAUCAGAUAUUAUCCCAGCAACAACUUCAUCAACAUCUUCAUCACCUAAGGUAAUUCGCGAACAAGGUAAUAUUAUGUCACCAGAACUGUCAAAGAAUACUCGAAGUUCCAGGAAUUCCACUGCAGUAGCACUACAAAAAUGCCAAGAGUAUGGAAGAUAUCGAUACGUGAAAAAAUGGCAAGAUCCUAACCUACCAGGUGAGGAAGGACAUUACUACGACAUGGUAGAUUGCGUGAAUGUGCAAACAUUGAUUGCAAAAGGAACGCCAGCCGAAGCCAAAGAAUAUCCUCAUAUGGCUCUCAUUGGAUAUGGAAAAGAAUUCAAAAACGUGUCGUGGCAUUGCGGUGGCAAUUUAAUCAGUGAAAAAUUCAUCAUGAGUGCUGCACAUUGCACUAAUGAUACAAUUUUGGGUCCACCACGAUGGGUUUUACUAGGAGCCUUGAAUAAAUUCCCAACAAAGGACGACCCCCAGCGAAAAGUUUACAGCAUAGUCAAAGUUUACAACCACCCGAAUUACAAGUCAUCAUCUUAUUACUACGACAUUUCACUUUUCCAAUUGAACACCACUGUCGAAUUCAGCCCUUAUGUAAGGCCAGCUUGCCUAUAUACUUCAACAGCUGAUUUUCCAGCUAAAACUAAAGCAAGCAUCACUGGUUGGGGAAGAACUGGAGAAAACGAAAAACCCAGCGAUAGGUUACUAAAAGCAACCAUUACGGUGGUCGACCAUCAAAAAUGCAUAAAUACAGUUCAAAUGGAAAAGAAUCGCGCUAUGCUGGUACGUGGGUACGAUUCAAAUACUAUGAUUUGCGCAGGAGACACCGAGAAGGGUAGAGAUACAUGCAAGGGUGACUCAGGAGGUCCGCUGCAAAUGCUGAUACCAAAUGAAAGUUGCAUGUGGAAUAUCAUAGGAGUGACAUCUUUUGGUCCUCCUUGUGGAUAUAACGAACCUGCAGUUUAUACUAAAGUAUCUUACUAUUUAGAUUGGAUCCAGAGUAUUGUUUGGCCUUGACAGUGUCAGUGGCAAAUGUACAAAGAGAAUGUCGCCAUUUCCAUUUAAUUCGUUUUAUUCAAACAGCCAAAAGAUAUUUUUAAUUAUUGAAAAAUGGAUUUUAAAACAAUAAAUGCUACAUUGAUGA